AUGCAACUUUUUUUUGCAUUAGAUUAUAAACUGAAAUAUAUUGACACAACUUCUACACCAGAGCUAAGCUGGUUACGGUCGUUGUCUCGACAACUUCAACUUCGGAAAGCUCUAGUAAACUGUCCAAAGAUAUUCGUCUCACAACAACAGCAACCUCCUUGGAAAAUAAAUGCUUUUAGGACGUGGACAAGAACAAAUAAGGGUCUGAAACCCCAAACUUGUAAAUACCGAGCUUAUUCUACAAAAAAAGCCUCGCAAAAUAUUUCUCAAGAAAAUUCUGCAACAAAGACAGAAAACAAUAAAGAUAUAUUUAGUGAAUCUGAACAACCUAAAGUAGAUGAGGUAGAUAGCUCAGCUGAGACAACGUCACAAAUAAUUUCUCGAGAAAAUCCGACAGGAAAAAUAGAAAACACUAGAGAUAAAAUUAGUGAACCUGAACAACUUAAACUAAAUGACAACUCAGCUGAUACAGCUACCCAAAAUUCAGAGUCUUUAGUUGAUAAAAAUCAGUUAACAACAAAAAAUGUAACCAUUGUUGAGUCAACAAUUCCUUUGAGAAAUUCCGAGCAGGUGUCUUCUGAACAAGAGCAUUUGAGAGAAGAGCCAAACGAUGAUGAUUCAUUUAGAAAUAAAUUUAAAGAAUUUUCAAAGAUAAAAAUUUCAUCUCUGCCUAAAUUACCUAUUUUAUUGAUUCUAUCGGCGAUAGGGUUGACCAGUAUCGGAAUAUACCAAUUCUAUUCUUCAAAUAUCCAAAAAUAUCCAGAGACAAUUCGUAAUCAUUUAAAAAAAGGACUUUAUUAUCAAAACUAUGCAAAAAAUCCGAGUUUAGCUGUAGACUACUAUCAGAAAGCUCUAACGGAAGCACUACAUUCGCCAGAGUUAGAAAACUCAUCGCCAGAAGUUACUGGUAUUAUGAUCCAGCUGGGUAGCUUAUACGAGGAUCUUGGAAGAUUUCGUGACGCAAUAGAUGUACUUUCUAUGGCAUAUGAUGUGAUUGUUACACCGAACGAUUCACCACCACUAAAAUUAGAUGGUCAAAAUCGAACAAAAGCUAUAGGAAUAGCGCAAAAAAUCGGGGAUCUAUGUCAAACGAUAAAGCAGGAUGAUUUGGCAGAAAAAUAUUAUGUUUGGUCAGUGGGACAAUUAGGGGGAGGAUUUUGGACAGGGUUUUUUGGAAAAAAAUUGGACGUGGAUACUAUGCCAUCAUGGAUAACUGCUGUAGAUCUUGGAGCUUCACUUGAGACAUUAGAUAGUUACGCGCUUCCGUUAUAUAUACGUGCACUACAAUUGGUGAAUUCCAACGAAAUGCCGUGUCAUACAGCAGUUCUUAUGAAUAAUAUAUCAGAAGUGUUUACAGGUAUGGGUGAUCUGGAAGUAGCACAAGGGUGGGCAGAACGUGGAUUAAGGAUCACGCAAGAGAAAUCACAUUUGCAAAAGAAAAAUUCAAAAGAGUGUGAUGAAUCUUGUGGAGUGUUGUUAUUUAAUUUGGGGAUGAUAGCAGAAUUAUCAGGAAAUUUAAGUAGAGCAACAGAAUACUAUGAAAAAUCGAGAAUACACGCAAAAUCUAUCAAAUUCCACGAUUGUGUGAAAGAAGCUGAUGCUGCAUUACAGAGGAUCACUGCUGUAAUGAAUGAUGUCAAGGAAGAUUCUGGAUAG